AUGGCCCGGUUAAAGCUUUCCGCCGCGCUUGCCGCACUCUGUGGAACAUUGGCCCUUGGAGCCACCCUCCCGACGACCAGGACGCUUGCGACUUCCAACGAAGAUGCCUCCAUUCCCAAGGGCAUGCUUGCCUUUCCCAUGAAACGCGAGCCACAUGACGAGACGGUUGAACGACGCCGGGUACGAAGAGCCGAAGACACCGAUACGCAAAUUUACAACUACUCUUCGGUGGCCUACAUGAUCGAGCUCGACCUCGGCACUCCCGCGCAGACGGUCAAGGUCAUUGUGGACACGGGCUCUUCGGAGCUUUGGGUCAACCCGGAUUGUGACACGGCCUCGUCCCUACCCCAGCAGAGCGAAUGCUUGGCCAACGAUUAUUUCAACGUUGAAAAGUCGUCAACCAUUGUGGUCAGCAAUCGUGGCAAGACAUUGCGGUACGGCCUCGGCGAUGCUACCAUUCGCUACGUAACCGACAAUGUCGGCCUUCCCGGCUCCGACGUCGAGCUCGAAACCGUCCGCUUCGGGGUGGCCCAGAGGACAGACCAGAUGAGCCACGGUAUUCUCGGCUUAAGCUUUGGCAACGGCCUUAACCUCGACUACAACAACUUUGUCGACGAGCUCUUUGAGCAAAACGGCCUGCUCACGUUUGGCGGCCUUGACACCAAAAAGUAUUCGGGGAAGCUUCAUACCGAGCAGAUCCUCGGCCCCCAGAACCAAGAGGAUCUCUAUCGAUUCUGGGUCACCCUCAACAAGAUUGGCCUGACCGAUGGUGGCGGCAAUUCCAAGACGUAUCUGGACGAAGACCUCGCCGUCUUUUUCGAUACCGGCGCCACCCUCAGCUACCUCCCCGAAGCCGUGGUCACCGCACUCGCCAAAGACCUCGACGCGGAAUACCGGUCAGACUAUGACCUGUACCUCGUUCCUUGCGGACAAGACGGCUCCGUUGACUUUACCUUUGGCAACACCACGAUCAACGUUUCUCUCCACGAAUUCAUCUGGGAGCUUCGGGAUGGUACCUGCGCUAUGGGUGCCAUGGUGGAGCAAAGCGGCUCGUACAUUCUUGGGGCUUCAUUCCUCCGGUCUGUUUACGCUGUUUUCGAUCUGCAAAGCCCUGCGAUUCACUUCGCGGCCUAUGCCAACUGUGGCUCCAAUCUCCAGGAGGUCCCCGCCGGUACCAACGCGGCCGCCCACGACGAUGACAGCGCGGCCGACCGGACCAUGAUGUUCCACAACGGCAUGUGGCUCUCGGUAGGCCUUGUCGCUGCCGAGCAAGCGUUGGCAUGGCUCCUAUAA